CUUAUCCAUUCUUCUACCCCCUUCGGCCUCAGCCCUGCGGUUUCUGAGGCGCCGGCGCUCCGGCCCGUUCGCCAUGGACGAUACUCUGUUCCAGUUGAAGUUCACAGCAAAACAGUUGGAGAAGUUGGCCAAGAAGGCUGAGAAGGACUCUAAAACUGAGCAAGCCAAAGUCAAGAAGGCUCUUCAGCAGAAAAAUGUGGAGUGUGCUCGGGUCUAUGCCGAGAAUGCAAUCCGUAAAAAGAACGAGGGCUUGAACUGGCUUCGAAUGUCUUCCCGUGUGGAUGCAGUAGCCUCCAAGGUCCAGACUGCCGUGACCAUGAAGGGGGUGACUAAGAACAUGGCUCAGGUGACUAAGGCCCUGGACAAAGCUCUCAAUACCAUGGACUUGCAGAAGGUGUCUGCUGUAAUGGACAAGUUUGAGCAGCAGGUUCAGAAUCUGGAUGUUCAUACUUCGGUAAUGGAGGACUCGAUGAGCUCAGCUACCACACUGACCACACCUCAGGAACAGGUGGAUAGCCUUAUUGUGCAGAUUGCUGAGGAAAAUGGCCUGGAGGUCAUGGACCAGCUUAGUCAACUUCCUGAAGGGGCAUCUGCUGUCGGAGAGAGCUCUGUGAGGAGCCAGGAAGACCAACUAUCUCGAAGGUUGGCGGCCUUGCGGAAUUAAACUAUACCUCAGCCUGAUGGACUGCUUUCCCUGCACUGAUCACGCACUGGAAAGGAGUGGGAGGGAAGCUGUGUCCUCCAUUCCCCCUACCCUUCCACAGCCUCUGCAAAGACAAGCAGCCAACAACUGUUCCACUGUUACCCUUUGCCCUACCAAUCUCCGAUGGCAUUGGAAUUUCCCCUUUCCUCUGGGUGUGGAUCCAUGUGUGGGGCGCGAACUCAUAUCAUCCGUUUGUACCUUGUCUCUAUGCCUCUGGACCCCCCCCCCCCCAAGUGUUGACAGGGAAGAAGAAGCCACUGCAUCACUUCAGCUUUUGUGUUAUCGGCUGUGCUCUUGGUGGAGGUCAGGCAGUGCUGCCUGGAUUCUGACAUCUCCAAAGGAAUCUGCUUCUUUUCUGUACAUUUAAAAGAAUAUUGACUUGAUUUUAAUGCAACACUACUUGGUUAUCUUAGGGAUUUUAGGUGGUUAGGCUCUUAGGUAAUUGCUUCAUUUCCAGUAUAUUGCAUGUCUGGGUCCUAUUUCCAUAUAAUAUUGAACCAGCCCUUUUAGGGUUAGAGGUGAGGUACCUUUUUCCAAGGCUAAGUGCAGCCAGCAGAUUUCCUUUUGCAGAUGUCUGGUUAAAUAGCAAAGGGACUCUGUAGAGGAGUCUGUUUGAGAUCUAAGAUCCCACCUUCUUGGGCAGUGACUUUAUACAUGCACAUCAAGGGGGUUCCCUGAGUCUUGUGACUGAGUGGUGGUUGUGUGAGCCUCAGUGAUUCUCUGUCACCUUUGGUGAUAUAGGUUGGCCAUUUUUGUGAGUCUGGCUGUGUGCAGAUCACAUUCCCCCUCUCAGCGAGUGGCCUUUAAGGAAGGAAUUCUCCUAGUGUUAAAGGUGUAGACUGCCUAGCCCACACCAGACUUGCCAAGGGGCUUGAGUUUUCUCAGUUACUUGUUCAUCUGCUUCAUGAAAUGGAGUCCUUCAGUGAACAGCUGGGUCAGCAUUUGAGGGAGAGCAGCUGAUUUCUGUGCUUUUAGAAAGUGGUCUAUUCUUGGAGUGGGGAGCAGGUUGGAGGAAACAGGUGAAUGGUGGGUAAUCCCUAAUAGACAAGGUAUCCCAGAAAUCUCAGUGUUGUUUUAAGCUGUUGAGCUUAGUUCAGUCCAUUUUGCCAGGUUCCUGCCCCAAUUGGAAUCCAGAAUCUUUAAGCUAUUAAGGCUUAAGAUGGCACUAGGACAUUUGGAACACCUUAUAUAUAAGCCUUACUAAUUCCUGAGUGACACUUGCCUCAGGAGUUCUUAUGUAGUCCCUGAAGAUUCUGGGGUGUUUAAUUGUUUUUUAAUCUCCUUUCAUUUUCCUAGAGAGAAGUGUUAUGGUUUACAUUUCAACUCUGCCAAAAAUUGAGUUAUUAGAUUGAUUCAUAAUUAGAAUCUCUGCCCUAGGAUCAGUAGCUAAUAAUAAUGUGUUUGCAUGGCCCCAUUCCUCCUCAAGAAAACCUAGGAAAUCUCAUGAGCUGAGGGAAUGUCAAUAUUCCCUCAGCCUGGGUGCCUCAGGAGAAUAUUGUCAUUUAUCUGUGGGAGUUUCAUAAUGCCUUCCUCUUAUUUGUGCCAGUUUAUUUCUUUUUCCUUUCAUUGCAAAUAAUGAUUCUUGGUCCCCACACUGGCAGUUCCUCCAAGCCCUAUUUGCUGAUGAAGUGACACAACUUAGGACACAGUAGACUUGGACAUUAGUUCCCAGCUGUGAUGAGAUUUUAGAGACAACUGAACCAUUGGGGCACUUGAUUUAUUGUUCUCCCCCAAAUAGCUCUUUGUAGGCCUGUAGAAAAAAUAUGAUCCCAGAGUAGUUUUCCAUAUGCUUGAAACUUACUCCAUUUUCUUGAAGCUUCAGGGGUUUUUUUGUUUGGUUUUUCUUGUCAUUGUGGAGGGAGCAGGCAGUUUGUGAUAACUCCUUUUAGCAUUCCCUCCUUCCCACGCAAAAAAACC